AUGGGGGCCCUUGUCCUUGUGGAACAAGGAGAGAAGAGUGGAGGAAAAGCCAUUAAUCUCACACUCAUAGAAAACAUACUUAACAGAUGUUGGAAGGUGGUGGCCGCAAAGAAGAUGAAAAAGUCGCUGGAGUCCAUCAACUCCAGGCUCCAGCUUGUUACGAAAAGUGGAAAGUACGUGCUGGGGUACGAGCAGACUCUGAAAAUGAUCAGACAUGGCAAAGUGAAAGUGGUCCUCCUCGCCAACAACUGCCCAGCCUUGAGGAAAUCUGAAAUAGAAUACUAUGCCAUAUUGGCCAAAACUGGUGCCCAUCACUACAGUGGCAAUAAUAUUGAAUUGGGCAUAGCAUGUGGGAAAUACUACAGAGUAUGCACAGUGGCUAUCAUUGAUCCAGGUGAUUCUGAUAUCAUUAGAAGCAUGCCAGAACAGACUGGUGAAAAGUAAAUCACGCAAAAUUUUUCUUUAAUAAAACUGGCCACAGCUUGUUUUAAAAACAAAAACAAACAAACAAAAAA